UUUGUUUGGCAGUAGCAGCAGUGCAAUUAUCGAUUGUUGUGGAUUCCUCGGUUCGCUGUUUUAAUUUUCGGUGUGAUUCCGUGCGGAUUUUCUCGAUUUUUGCUGAAAGUAUUGCUGUCAAAGAUGACAAACAUUGAACAGCAGCACGAGAUCGUGAAGAACAGCCUCUUCGAGUUUGUCAACCUACACAUCCCCGGCGCGGACUUGAGUGUCGUGGACGACAUUGUCCUGUCGUAUGUGAUCUCGAUCCUAGAGGAGGCGUCCCAGGACCCAUACUUCGAUGUUGAUGGAUUUGUGGAGAUGAUGAGCGCCUACUUCUCGGAUUUUUCGCGCAUCGAUCCGGCAACAAUCUGCACCUGGAUUUUCCAGCUGGAGAACGAGCUCUCCAAACUGACGAAAACGGACAACGGCGACGCGAGGAAUUUGUCGUUAAACAAUCUCAGUUUAUCCGACAUCAUCCCCGAGGUAAAACUGCGAGCCCGGCCACCGUCUGUUUCGGAGAGCACCGAGCCGGCCCAAACCCACGUAAAAAGGGUUCAACAUCUGUCGGAGACUAGUGACGGAGGCUCCACAGAUAGCUCAAGUUGUGAUUUCUUUUCAGACGAAUGUGAUGUUCUCCAGGAAAUGUUCCCAGAGAGUUCGUAUUUAGAGGUUAAGCACUGCAUUACUAUUGCCAAAGGGGAUAUUGAUAGUGCCACACAGAUCCUGCUGCAUCGCCAGGAAACCGGACAGAGUUUGCAAGCAAACUCGAGCAACUUACAAGGAGCCAAGAGUGCAACCGUUAUCGACGACGCCGAAUUGAAAAAUCGCAUUAUUGCAAGGUACUCUUACGUCGACAAGAACGCAGCGAACCGUGAGUAUAAACCGGUCGUACCAAAAGUCGAACCAAAAAAAUUGGUUCGUUAUCGUGAUAAUAAAAUCGUUUCAUUGAAAGGGGAACGUUAUACUGAAGUUCGUCGUGACGAUGAAGCUGAGUUAAAAAAACCCAAAAAGCCAAUUUGUCCGUAACUAAAAUUUUAUACGAAAUUCAAAAGGCGGACUUUCUCAUGGCAUUUUAACAAGAGAUAUCUACUACCUAAAGUAAUUAUCACUGUUUCCACCUAUUCCUUCAUCGUCGUCGUAUUUAUUUAUUUAUCAAUAUCCAACACAAAUAUUAAUGAUAGCUGCAGUACUAAGUUACUGAUCAAUGUGAAACGAACAGCGGCAACGGCCACAAUUGCAUUUACAACAGCAUUCAAUGCUGCUAGAGACGUUUUAGGAGAAAAUAAUUUAAUCGAUCAUCACUGCAAGAGUGGGGAUUUUAAGGAGAUAAGUCGAAAGUCGUACUGGAUAGUAGUUUUUAGUAUUAUUGCUGAGAAUAUAUUCAUGCACUUCCUUUUAAUUCGUAUAAAGGAAUUUAUUGCGAUUCUACGUUGUGGUCAUCGUGAAUGUUUUCGCGUUAGAUAUGAAUUGAAUAUGUAUUUAGUUGUAAGACAAGAACGGACCGAUGUUUGUGAUCGGGAAUCGAAUCGAAUCACUUUACUGUCCUCAUCCAUAGUUCUGCCGCCGCGGUACGGAACGUGUUGUUUAUUAUUGUCAAUUGUUACCGAUGUGCCGUCUAUCGGUUACCGCAUGGGAAGGAGAAGUUUCUGCGAACACGUCGUUGAUGAGAGCCGUUUGAUUCAAUUAGACUUAUUGAAUUGGCAUUUAAAAGUCAUAGUUUUACCUUGUUUAACUCUAACCUCACUAGCACCUUUGUAUAAUUUUUGUAAAAAUGGUAACAAGCCGGAACGAAUAUUCUCGCAUUGUAAUAAUGUUAAGUUAAGCGUAAUUAAUAUUGCCCACAGCAUUACUACUAUUACCUCUGACCGUAUACUAACAGUUGAAGCCAAUAAUAUUAAUACACAAGCCAGGAAUCAAUUCCUACUGCAACAAGAACAAGACAACCGAAUAAUUUUAAGUUUUCAUUUAGUUGAAGGUAAUUUAAGUUCACAGAGUAGUUCGAUAGAAAAUCUCGUUGGUAAUGAUAGCUGGACUAUUUGCAUUUUGAUGAUAUUGUCCUUGCUCAGAAAGGAAAGUCGUUGCAAUCGAUUAAAUUAUUGGCGGCAUUUGAAAGUAUUAUUCAAUGAGCGCUCGUUGCUAACUGUUCGCAAUUCUAGUAAUAAUGAUAAUCGUCCCCAGGAUAAGUGUAACUUGCCAUUUAGUUUUGCGUACUUAAAAUCUAUCAUUUCAUUGGUAAUACCGUUUUAUAUUUUCUUUAGCGAAUUGGAUACAGUCCGACCCUGUGUUCAUGUCAUACUUCUGAUCUUCACAGCAUUUGCAUUGAUGCAGUUAAUUAUAGUUAUCAUCGCUACCGCUAAGGUUCUAAUAAGUAUUGAGAAUGAAUAUUUUAUACUCUCAAGUCUAAAGUAUUUCUAUGAAUUUCGUAUUAAUUGCUAUAUUAAGAAUAUCCACACUACUUUGCAACAACAGCUCAAUAAUUUGAAAAGCACGAAUCAUUCUGAGAGGCGUACAUGUGCGAUUAACUAUAGAGUUUGUGAUACUAGGGUUAUACUGUCAAACGAAAUUUUUAUAUAAUUUUUCUGAGCGAACAAAUUCUUGUUAAGAUUUUUUAAGGUUAUUUAGUUAUAAACUCUUACGUAGAUCUUGAAAUUUGCUCUCUAAUCAUGUUGAAAUCGAAGGGAGUUAGGAUUGCUUUGAGCUUCGUAGAGCAACGUUGACCUUCAGUAAUCGCACAAAACAUCGCGCUACAUAAGACUUUUUUUCCAUAAUUUGAACCAGACUAUGGGAAUUGACAGUAAAACUGCCUUUGGGCAGAAUCCCCUAAACCAAAGUUUAAAUUUUUACAUGACAUUGACUUCGAUACAACGAUCGCCUUGAUAGAACCAGCCACAAAAAGAACACAAUUCAUAUUUUCACUGACGUGCGAUUACUUUGAAGAUUAAAAUAUUUGCAAAGUGCAAAUACAAACGAAUGUGAUUAAUUUUAUUCACUUACACUAUCAAAUUUCUAUGUAGUUAAGUUAUUUUUGGUCUAUUGUUAAGAUUCUGUGAAUUUUUGACAGUAUGGCCCUAAUACGAACAAAAAGAAACGAAUUUCGAAGUAAAUUAAUUACUUCUCACAUGAAAACCGCAAAGUACAUAAGAAAGGUAAAACGCGCAAAAUAUGACAAAGCAAAUGAUAAACAGAACAAAAAUAAUGAAAGAUUUUAAACUCAUACGAAACAUACACAUUGGUUAAUUUUGCUUACAAAGAAAUGUUUUCAGUUUCUGUUCGUUUUUUUUAUUUAAAUUUAAGUUAAAAAAGUUGAAAAACUUAUUGUAUUACCUAUAAUAAUAAAAUUCAAUAUUGUGAUCCUAAAA